AAAUGAGACAUAUAUCCAGUACCAGUUAGAAGAAGUGAAAGGAAUAAGGAUAGAGUAGCAAAUAAUGAAAGAGAUAGGAGAAGAAAUGAAUAAUGGGUAAAUCAAGGUCAAAGAGCACAACAAUUCAAUAAUCCAGUUUUUGAACAACCACCACGAAAUGAUAUUCCAAUGGAUGAACCACCUAAAAAGAAAAAGAAAGGAUUUACUGAAGAACAACGAAGAAAAGCAAUGAAAACAAAGAGAAAUAAUAAUAUCUACACAAAUUGUGGACAAGUAAAAAGGAAUAACAAGAUACCAAAUGUAGAAGAAUUUAAUCCAGUAAAUGCAUGUUUGAAUGCAAAUGUACCUAUUAAUUGGACACAAUAUAUUAAUGAGAAACAAAAUGUCAAAAAGAAAUUGAAGUCAGAAUUGAAAUAUUGACUACACUUGGGCAAAAUUGAAACAUAAAUCAAGAAAGAACUUAAGCAACUAGAUGUAAUGUUCGAGUUAAUGGUAUAAAAUUAGAGUAUUAAUAAAUAUAGGAGCAGAACCAUCCGCAAUAUCAAAUGAAUUAAGAAAAGAUUUGAAUGUACCAAUAGUUAGGAAAAGUAAUGUAAUAUUAAGAAUAGCAAAUGGAAAAAGUAUAGCUUCAUUAGGAAUAGCAGAAUUGGAAGUAGAAAUCAAUCAAGGAUUAAAAAUACCACUGAAGGUGGAAGUAAUUGAAUCAAAACAGAUGGAUCUGAUAUUGGAAACAGAUUUAUUGAAGCAUGGAGUAAUAGAUAUGAAAGAAAGAUUAUUAACAAUUAAAAUGAAUGAUGAAGAAAAUGAAAUACCAAUAGAUUGUAAAGUACAAAAUAAGGAAG